AUGUCAGAAGCGAUUUAUUCCACUAAAGACAGGAAGCUAUUUUGUGACAGUAAAGAGGUGGUACAUGCCGCAGAGGGUCUGGAUUGGGAAGACAAAGAUGCUCCAGGAACGCUGGUGGGAAACGUGGUACAUUCGCGGAUCAUCAGUCCUCUGCGUCUGUUCGUUAAACAGUCUCCAGUGCCAAAGCCUGGGCCUAUGGCGUAUGCAGACAACGUGGAAAAUUUUUGGGAUUGGCUGGCCAACAUCACGGACAUUCAGGAGCCACUAACAAGAACUAAAAGGCGGCCAAUAGUAAAAACAGGAAAAUUUAAGAAAAUGUUUGGAUGGGGUGACUUUCAUUCCAACAUUAAAACUGUCAAACUCAACCUUCUCAUUACAGGGAAAAUUGUCGACCAUGGAAAUGGAACUUUCAGUGUUUAUUUCCGACAUAAUUCAACAGGGCUGGGUAAUGUUUCAGUGAGCUUGGUACCUCCUUCCAAAGUGGUGGAAUUUGAAGUUUCUCCCCAGUCUACCUUGGAAACCAAGGAAUCCAAAUCUUUCAAUUGUCGCAUUGAGUAUGAAAAAACAGAUCGGGCCAAGAAGACUGCCCUGUGCAACUUUGACCCAUCUAAGAUCUGCUACCAGGAGCAGACUCAGAGCCAUGUGUCUUGGUUGUGCUCUAAGCCUUUCAAGGUCAUUUGCAUUUACAUUGCCUUUUAUAGUGUUGAUUAUAAACUUGUGCAGAAGGUCUGUCCUGAUUAUAAUUACCAUAGUGAAACCCCAUACUUAUCUUCUGGCUGAAUAUUUCCACAGUGAUGAAAAUGGAGGACAUGUGU